AGUGUCUAUAUUAUAAUUGUUACAUACUGUAGUCUGUAUACUAAAACUAAAUUUGCCUAGUUCUCCUUGGAUAAAUUAAAAACAAACAAAAACAAAACACUAAAGGUGGCUAUUUUACCUAGUUGAAAUAAAUAGACCGGAUGUGGCCAGUCGAUGACUGUGUGCUCUGAACCCUAGCGGUAUGCGUGAAAUUUGUAGCAAUUGUGUGACUUUUUGACGCAAUUCGAAAUGCUGACGAUUGUUCAAACGAUUCACGAGCUCUACUGCGCCACAAGAACGUUGUCAGCGUUUACGACUUCUUCACACUCUGGCUGUCAUCGCACAGGCCAGACGUCGCAUCAUUCCGGUCUAACCCAGACAGGACUAAACCUUUCACAACACUGCGCAAGACAUGAGAAGCCGGAUGGAGUACUAACACGGUCAGUUUGUGUGCGAGACGACUCACACGGUUGUUCUCUAGACUUUGCAAUGAGACCGGUCUCUGUUGUUGGACGGAUGACGGCGGGAAAUGACUUGAAAUGUUGCGAUUUGAAGGUGCGGUCGUGGGAUGAGUUGGACACGCUGAUGCGGAAUGAUGUGGCUGCUUCUUGCGGCUGCGUGGAAGACGUUGCGGGUCGAGUGGAGGUCAGAGACGGAAGCAGUCGUGAUGAGUGGGGAUUGGUGAAGGGUGUUGGGUGUCGGACGUUUCCUACGUGGAUUGUCCAGUGUACGGUUACGCUGCCACAGAGUGUGGUUGGACCUUCACUUGGAAUGGAAUGUAAUGGUCCGGCAGCGAUUGCCAAUGCAAAGAACGGACAAACAAAUUCCAGACGCAAACGUGCUAUACUUAUGAUGUCAACUGAAGAACAAUUCGAUUAUCAAGUGAAUCCUUCUUGGUGUCUAAGUCUCGAUAAGAAGUGGCAGAAGAUAGUGAAAAGAAAAGGACACAGCGAAAGACACUCAACCGUGCUUGCUGAAUUGUCCUCACCGAGACUUAGUUCAGGAGGGCCAUUUCUUAUUACGAUUGGCGAUUUCUACAUCUCUACGUGCAUCAGUGCGUGUGGAGAUGAAAUAAUUACCACCGACGAUAUCACCAUAGCGACUAGAUUUUAUUUUCAAAUGCCGCAUGAUCGGUUUACAGCUGAUGGGGAUGACUGCGAGGACAGCACCAACCUCCUUCGAGAUCCGCACUCUGGUUUCUACAUUUUCUGCAGAAGCCGACACGGCCAACUGCUCUAUUUUACCGCAGACUCUAAGUGUGAUGGUGUUUCAUUGGUCGCUAGUGUUCCCUCUCCUGUCGCUCGGGGUCAAUUCUUUCUGAAGCAUCCGGGCACACGGAAGCUCACCUCGUUGUGCCAGUGGCCACAGCAUGCGCUGCACGUGGUCAGGAAGACUGCAUACACUCGACGUCAUCAGUAUCUUGUUAUGAAUAGGAAAACACUACGGAUAUCCACAGUGUUCAUGUCUGAUGAUUUGGGCGACGGCAAACGUAUAGAUUGCCAGUUUAGGAUACGGCGACCUCAAGUCAGAAUCCGUACGCAAAGAGGUAGUGUCAAGAAUCCGACGUCGUGAUUUCUCUUUAACACAUUUAUAUGAGCUGCAGGAAUGUGUACAAUCAUUGCGUUUUUCGGUUUGAAAUUAACUCCAUAUGCAGUGAGAGAAACUGGGGAUAGAAAAAGAUUGUAAACUUGGUAAUAGUGAGAGAUCCAUGUACGUUAUCUGACUGCACA